AUGAAUCCAACAACGAUUCCAAACCACGACUUCAUGGAGCUGCAUCCGGUGCAUCAACAUCCGGCAGGCUGUAAGCAGCACUGUUUCGUCUUCACCGAGAUAGCGGACAUUGAGCUACCGCCCGAGAUUACCAAAUAUCCGGAAAAGAUAAAGAAUGGUAGCAUUCAUUCGUACACGAAGGAAAGCAUCUCGCCACCACCACCGAAGCUGGCCAAGGAUCGACGGAGUCGCAAAAUAAUCGCGCUCGUGUCCGGAUUGCUCGUCUGCGUCGCACUUGCCGCGGGCAUUCCGCUUGGAUUGCAGCUCCGGUCUUCCUCGCUGUUGGAGGCCCGGCUGGCAUUUAUCAGACGGUUGCUGGUGGAGUCACCGCUUGUCGAAGGCUAUUGGGCGCCACCGAUGGGUGCUAACUUUAGCAAAAGCUUCGCAGAAGUGAAGAGCGGUAUGGUGGGUGCACUGCUCUGGCCCAUUGCCGUACCGUGUGCGGCACAGUAUCUCGAUGCGGUACAGCUGACGCUGGAAGGACUGGACGAUGCCAGAAGGCUCGUGGCUAAGAAUCGCGAUAUGGCGGUGGUCGAGAAUGCGGACGAGAUGGAACAGGCCCACACCGAGGGUAAGCUGGCGAUUUUGUUCGGGCUCGAAGGUGGUCAUACGCUCGGGUCCAGUUUGGCCGUGCUUCGCUCGAUGUAUUCGCUGGGGGCACGGUUUGUUUCGUUGACUGGCGUGGGUUGUACAACCCCGUGGGCCAGUGCCUCGAUAAGGAACGAUUUCUUCGACGAGAACUUACCAUCAACAUUGACGAACUUUGGAGAGAUUGUAAUUCAGGAAAUGAACCGUUUGGGAAUGUUGGUGGAAAUAUCGAGGCUCUCCGAACCGGCCAUGAUGGUUGCGCUGAAUGUCGCCAAAGCACCGUUGCUACUGUCCAACGCGUUGCCCUCGUCGAUGGCUUGCAACGGUACGACGGCCGCCGUACCGGAUCACAUCCUGAGCGCACUGUCCCAGAACGGUGGUGUGCUGAUGCUGAACGUGGAACGAUGCGGCGAUAAGCCGAUGUCGCUGAAGGACGCCAUUACGGCCAUUAACUAUAUCCGAGCGAUUGCCGGCGUUGACCACGUAGGUUUGAGCGGGUCUCCCAAAAACUAUCCCCUCCUGUUGGCCGAACUGGCUCGCGAUCGGUUGUGGGGUUCGGUUGCCAUCAAGAAGCUGGUCGGGGGCAACAUUGUGCGGGUGCUACGGGAAGUCGAAACGAACAAGAAUCGUUUACCGCUGUCCGAGGAUUGGAUACCGUUGGAAUCGAUCGAAGGGAAUGCUUACUGUCGGUACCCGGAGACGUAA